CAAUUUAACAUCUCUAAAACACCCCAUUUCAAUCUCUCGCUCUCUUUCGUGGCAGGAGCUAAAAAUGAUCAUAAUUUUAUCAGCAUGCCUCAACCCAAUCAUGGCGUCCAAUGGGCUGAGCCAGCAGGAGCAAGUUACAGCGAAUGUAGACGCAACCAUGCAGCCGCUAUGGGCUGCUACGCAACUGAUUGCUGUGGAGAAUUUCUCAGAGCCGGCAUAGAUGGAACUAGUGAUGCUUUUCUCUGCGCCGCCUGCGGUUGCCACCGUAGCUUCCAUAGAAAAGAGAUGCUAAACAACCCACAUUAUUCGCUUCCAGCGCUUCAUAAUGAACUUACUGGUGGUGGGUUCAAUAGAGAAAAGAAAAUGAAGCUGAAGAAGAAGACGAAGUGGACAAAGCUUAACCCUGAACAGAAGGAUAAAAUGAAGAGAUUUGCAAAUAAGUUAGGAUGGAGGCCGCAGAAGCAUGAUGAAGAAGUUGAACAGUUUUGUGACGAAGUGGGAAUCAGCCGGAAGAUCUUUAAAGUUUGGCUCUGUAACAACAGACGCCGCACGGAGGGAAGCUGUGUGGUUACUAAAGAGCAGAGUCAUCAGGAUGUAGAAGAAGAUUAAACGGCUCUCAGAGGGUUAGCUUUUUGUGGUUUUGUUCAUUUGUUUUUGUUUUUGUUUUUCUUUGGCUGUUUCUUUCUGCUCUUUGUUGUAACUGAAGUAAUCUAGCACCAUUAAGUUUUGAAUAAUAUAGCCAUGCCUGUAAAUAGACAACUUUUGUUUCCAUCUUUAA